CAAGUGUACCAUUCUAAUGGACUUUUGUUUGUGGAAGAACAACAGAAGCUCAGUGAGAUCUCAACUCUGAUGAACUGUUAAAAGCACUCAGUGAUGGCAAUUAAACCAGAGACACUACUACAGCAUUUUUAUUUAAUCCUACUUGGGAAAUCAGGAGUUGGGAAAAGUGCAACAGGAAACACUAUCCUCGGACGAGAGGCUUUCAUCUCCAAGAGAAGCUCCACAUCCACAACUCUAAAUGCACAGAUGGAGAACGUGGUUAAUGAUGGGGUCAGCAUUGAUGUGUACGACACACCGGGAUUCUUCAACACAGAAAUGAGCAACGAGGAAGUGAUGAAGAAAUGCCGGUCUCUGCUUCCGUUAGACGGCCCUGUUCCGACGGUGUUCCUGCUGGUGAUUCCGGUCAGCAGAUUCACUCCUGAGGACAGAAGUGCUGUCGAAGAAGCUCAGAAGAUUUUAGGAGCAAGGUAUCUACAGAACACCUGGAUCCUCUUCACCAGAGGAGACAAUCUCGAGAGAGAUGGACAGUCAGUAGAAAAAUUCAUUAAAGGAACCAAUCACCUCACACAAGUAGUACAGAGAUUUUCCAGCAGGUACCAUGUCUUCAACAACAGGCUCCAAAAAUGUGGACAAGUCAAAGAAUUACUGGACAAAAUAGAAACUUCACCAAUGAUUAUGAGUGGACUGAUGAAAAUGGCCUGGACUGGAAUGAACAAAUCACCUACUUGUAAUGUUAUCCUGCUGGGAAAGUCAGGAGUUGGAAAAAGUGCUGCAGGAAACACAAUCUUGGGUCAUCAGAGUUUUAUUUCAAAGAGAAGUUCUGAAUCCAUUUCACAGAAAACAGAAAGGAGAAAUGUGAACAUAGAUGGUUUAACCAUUGAAGUUUAUGACACACCUGGACUCUACAACACAGCAACCUGUCAGGAGGACGUUAUUAGGGAGUACCAGUCGUUGUUAGUGUUAGUAGACUCAGUUCCCACAGUAUUUCUGCUGGUGCUGAAAGCAGAAAGACCAACCCAAGAAGACUUGAGAGCUGUUCAAGAUGUGGAGGCACUUUUAGGAGAUUAUCUCCUUCAGAACACCUGGAUCCUCUUCACCAGAGGAGAUGAGCUGGAGAGUGAGGGUUUCUCUAUAGAACAAUUAAUUGAAGACACAGUGGAGCUGAAGAGGGUUGUACAGAGAUUCAAGAAGAGGUUCCAUGUCUUCAACAACAAGAUACACAACCCUGAUCAAGUCAGAAGACUGAUAAAAUUAAUGCAAAGUGCACCUCUGACUAUCAAAUGCUCCCUCAAAAUGGCCUGGAGAUUAUUUGAUGAGGAAUCUUCUAAUAUUCCAUUACAUUUUAAUGUGAUCCUUCUUGGUAAAACAGGAGAUGGAAAAAGCGCCACAGGAAACACCAUACUGGGGAAGAAAGCUUUUGUAUCUAAAAGAAGUUCUAACUCUACAACUCAAGAGGUUCAGAUGGAGAGAGUGAUUUUUGAUGGAGUGACUCUGGAUGUGUACGACACUCCAGGAUUCUUUAAUCCAGAAAAAAACAAUAAAGAAAUAAUAGAGAAAUGUAAGUCUCUUCUUCAGUUAAACCCAUCAGUCUCCCUGCUGGUGAUAAAGGCAGAAAGAUUCACUCCAGAAGAGAAGAAAACUGUUGAGCUGGUUGAGAGAAUGGUACCAGACUGGCUCCUUCAGAACACCUGGAUCCUCUUCACCAGAGGAGAUGAGCUGGAGUUUGAUGGCAUCACUAUAGAAGAGUUCAUAGAAAAGACAGAAGAACUGAAGAGAGUAAUACAGCGAUUUAACAACAGAUACCACAUCUUUAACAACAGAAAACACAAUCCUGAUCAAGUAAAACGACUGAUUGAGAAAAUCAGAAAGAGUCCACUCAAUAUGGGUAAGUACAGCACAAUGUCACAGAUGACUUUCAUCCUGGCCAGCAGAAUCAACCGGCAUAGGACUUCAGCAAGUCUUUUAAGGGGAGUUCGAGAUCAUCCAGAGAAAGAUCCUAGAAGAAUUGUGCUGCUGGGAAAGACUGGAGGAGGGAAGAGUGCUGCAGGAAACACCAUCCUGGGAGAGACCAGAUUCAUAUCUGAGUUCAGUUUAUCUUCUGUUACAGCUCAGUGUGAGAAAGGGGAGGCAGUGGUAGCAGGGAGGAGAGUGUGUGUGGUGGACACUCCAGCAUUAUUUGAUACAGAAAGGUCUCCUGAGGAUCUAGCUGUAGAGAUAGGCAGGAGCGUUUUUCUGUCCAGUCCAGGACCUCACGCCUUCCUUUAUGUUUAUCCCAUUAAUAUCAAAUUUACACAGCAGGAGCAGGAAGUGGUUGGUAAAUUAGAGCAAAUGUUUGCAGAAGAGAUGAGGAAAUACACCAUCAUUCUGUUCACUCACGGGGAUCAGCUAGAAGGAGAGAGUGUAGAUAACGUGAUUAGACACAACACCUCUCUCAGGAGGCUGAUAGAACAGUGUGGAGGAUAUCAUGUGUUUAAUAAUAAGGAUCUGGAGAACAGACAGCAGGUCACUGAUCUUCUGGAGAAGAUAGACAGAAUGGUGGCGAGGAACGGAGGAAGCUACUACUCUAAUGAGAUGUUUGAGAAGGCAGAAAGAUGCAGAAUGGAAGAGGAGCAGAGAGUAAGGAGGGAGAAGGAUGCAAGACAACAGAGGGAGAUUGAGCAGAGACAAGAGGAAAUAGAGAGAGUAAAGAAGGAGACAGAGGAGAGAAUAAGGGAGGAAAUGGAGAGAAUGGAGCAAAGAGAACUGAGACAAGACAGGAUCAGGAGACAGAAGACUGAGAGAGGAAAGCAUGAAAAUGACUGCAGUGUAAUCUGAAACAGCGAACAGCCAGUGUGAACAAAGAUAAAUUAACCUUUGUUUAUAAAGCAGAGCUGUGUGGAGGCGAGAGGGAGGAAUCAGGAACAAUAGAGCUGUCUGUUAAACUGCAGUUUAGGGAGGGAAAGAUCCAGCCGAGGGUCCAGAAAAACAUCAUGUUCUGUAGAGUACUGACUCACCUCUGGGAACACUGGACAUCAAA